UCUUAACUCUGUCUCAUUCCUCUUCACCAAAACACUCAGUCAUCCUGUCGGUCAGCAGGAAUAGUCAGUGAGCUUAAGCCAUGGAGAUACUAUAUGUUUUUCUCCAGGGCAUUUAUUCAAUUGUUUUGUGUCUGACAGUCUUUGUAUUGAUCCACUUCCUUUCCUCUAACAUAACCCAAAAGGAUGGAAAGGAGCCUCCAGGACCCACACCACUUCCCAUGUUUGGGAAUUUGCUGCAGUUGGACCUGAAGAGAAUACAUGUCACGUUACUGAAACUAUCAAAAAAAUUUGGAUCUAUUUUUACCAUCUAUCUGGGGACCAAAAAAGUGGUGGUCCUGGUAGGAUACAACGCAGUAAAGGAGGCACUUGUUGACUAUGCUGAAGUGUUUGGAGAAAGGGAUCCGACACCAAUUAUGGAUGAGCUAGUACGAGGACAGGGUAUUAUAUGGGCUAAUGAUGACACAUGGAAAGAGAUGAGGCGGUUUUCAAUGAUGAACCUGAAGGACUUUGGAAUGGGAAAGACAGAAUUUGAGGACAAAAUCACUGAGGAGUGUCAUUACCUGAUGGAAGCUUUUAAACAGUUCAAAGGAGAAUUUGAUGUCAACCAAUCAUUAAGCAAUGCAACUGCAAAUGUAAUCUGCUCCUUGAUCUAUGGCAACAGAUUUGAUUACAAUGACCCGGAGUUUACAUCUUUGGUAAAUCGUACUUGCAGAAACAACAAACUUUUGAGUACCCCAUCUGUCCAGCUUUAUAACAUCUUUCCUUGGGUUGGCAGAUGGUUCUCUUACCCAAAUGAAUUCAAAAAAGCAUUUGCAGCCAAUAGGGAACAACAGAUGAAAUUAGUGAGUCAUUUGAAAGAAACUCUCAAUCCAAAGAUGUGCAGAGGAUUUGUGGAUGCCUUUCUGAUUCACCAAGACAAUUUGGAGAAAUAUGGGAUUACCACCAGUCAUUUCCACAAUGAAAACCUCUUGAUAACAAUAAUGAAUUUAUUUGUUGGUGGCACUGAAACAUCAUCACGCACAAUCACAUGGGGACUUUUUCUUAUGGCCAAGUAUCCAAAGAUACAGGAGAAGAUCCGGGAGGAGCUUAGUAGAGUAAUGGGAGAUCAUCAGGUCCAGUUUAAAGACAGGACAGAGCUGCCUUUCACCAACGCUGUCAUCCAUGAGACACAGAGGCUAACAGCCAUUGCUGCCCUGGGGCUUCCUCACAGAACUUCACAGGACAUUACCUUUAGGGGUCACUUCAUUAAGAAGGGGACAGCUGUGUAUCCUUUCCUGUUUUCUGUUCUGUCUGAUGAGAGUGAAUGGGAGAAACCGUACACUUUUUAUCCAGAACACUUCCUGGACAAAGAUGGAAAGUUCAUCCAGCGUGAUGCCUUCAUGGUUUUUUCUGCAGGUCGCAGGAUUUGUCUUGGAGCAAGUUUGGCCAGGAUGGAACUCUUCAUCUUCUUCACCACCCUUCUGCAGCACUUCCGAAUUACUCUGCCACCUGGAGUUUCAGAGGAUGAACUGCUUCUAUCACCAUCUGAUAGUCUCAUCCUUAGCCCUUCAAAUGUUAGACUGUGUGCUGUCCCCUUGUGAGAAACAACAGACUGAUUCAUCUCAAUUAGCUUGAAUAAAAAUGUACACUUAAACACAAGAAAAUGAAUCGAUGAGUGAUUGGAAAGACAAACUGAUCUGUGAACUAAUGAUAAUCAAUUACAAUCUUCAUCUUUAGGAGCUGGUUAAAGCAGAGAUAAAUGUAGAAUGCAGCUGAAAUAAAGCAAAAUGUAACUAACAAAGUGUGCAGGCCAGUAGAUAAAAAGGGUGGUUUGCCACUGUUAAAGUAUUUCUGUACCAACCAACAACCAAAUAUAUCUUUAACUUCAA